CCGAAACGCAAAGUUAACUGGGCGCGGCGCGGUUAUGGAGGCGGUAGAGACGCCGGCGGAGGCUGCAGUUUUAGAAGUCCUGGCUGAAGUGGCAGACAUCGUGGAACCUAUAGGCUUGCAGGAAGAAGCAGAGCUGCCAGCCCAGAUCCUGGCUGAGUUUGUGAGGAAUUCCCGGAAGAAAGACAAGCUGCUCUGCAGCCAACUUCAGGUAGUAGACUUCCUACAGAAUUUCCUGGCUCAGGAGGACAUUGCCCAGGGUUUGGACCCCUUGGCUUCUGAAGACUUGAGCCGACAAAAGGCAACUGAAGCCAAAGAAAAAUGGAAAGAGCUGAAAGCUACCUACCAAGAGCAUGUGGAGGCCAUAAAAAGCACCCUAACCCAGGCUCUACCCCAGAUGGAGGAGACCCAAAGGAAACGUGUUCAGCUCCAGGAGGCCUUUGAGCAGCUCCAAGCCAAGAAGCAAGCAGUCAGAGAGAAAUUCAAAGCAGCCCAGAAGCAGUGGAAGCUACAACAGGAGAAACGUUUGCAGAGUCUGGCGGAAGUUUCCUCCAGGAUGAAGGAACGUCAGACAGGAACUCAGCAGAAGCUUGAGCAGCUAUAUCAGGAACUAGGAACCUUGAAACAGCAGGCAGAAUGGGAACAAGAUAAGCUGCGGAGGCACCAGACCUUUCUUCAGCUCCUGUAUACCCUGCAGGGUAAGCUGCUGGUUCCCGAGGUGGAGGCUGAGGACAGAGCUACCACAGGAGCUGCCCUUCCACCUGUAUCUUCUUAAGGAUGCACCAGGUCUAACUGUUCUCUUCAUCUUCCCCAGAAGAUUGGACUGCGAAUGCUUGAGUACAGCCUGGUUUUUCUGACCAUGACCUAGGUGAAUCAAUCUCUGAAGUCUGUCAAUGAAAAGCCCUGACUCUCUCACUUACCUGUUUGUUCAUCUUCAUGAACUGGUGGAAAGAACUACAGAUUUUCAAAGGCCCAUAACAUGACAGGUGCUGGGACUAGUGUGAAAGGAGGUGGUGUAGUUGACCGGGGACUUGGGUUGCUUGCUCAAAUCCAAAUGAAAUAAGUAUACUGAGAUAUUCAAGGGGGAGAGUGUUUACACAGUUGGUUACAUGUGGGAAGAUUGUUUUUCAUUAAUCCAAAUGUUUGUUGAGUCCUUGCUUUGUGCUAAGGAUCCAUGAUGUGAACUGAGGGAGCUAGAAUGAUGAGCUCAUCUAACCAUUUAGAGUGACCUAAUGUUACCUUCCUGAUAUCCUUUUGUGUGUUAUCUAAUACUUUCCUUGGUCACUCCUCAGAAGCUUGUUCUUUUUAUUACAUUGAAAGAGUGGUAUUUGUGAUUCAGUAUCACAUGUUUUGUUUCACUGACUUAUAGUGAUAUCUGGAUCAUUUCCUCCCUUCUAAUUUUGGGUGGAGAAAUACUACUUCUGUAAAUUCUUAUUUUUAUCAUAUGAUAACUCCCUGUAUUUAUUUUCUCAGAUAAACACUUAAGGUUAUAAAUUUCUUCCUCUAAGUUUUCACAAUCAUUCAGUUCAUGGCAUUUUCAAUUUUCUGGGUUAUUUUUCCUUCAUGAAUUUCUUUGAAAAAUAAUUUGGAAGUUUUCUGCUAUAUUUUUGUGGGAAGA